GUAGACACAGCUGUUUGGGAUCAGAUCCACUACCCCAAACCACCUGGAAAUACUUCAAGGAAAUUUUGUAAUUUUUCAGUCUCUACAUAACUAGAAUAACUUUUGCUUUUUCAUUUUUUCCACUUGAGUCCUUUAUGAUGGCCAAUGCAGGAAUACAGCUUCUUGGCUUCACAUUGGCCUUUCUGGGCUUCAUUGGCUCGGUAGCAUCCACGAUCAUGGUGGAGUGGAAAGCUUCGUCCUAUGCGGGAGACAACAUCAUCACAGCUCAGGCGUUGUAUGAAGGCCUGUGGAAGACCUGUGCAUCACAGAGCACGGGUCAGAUUCAGUGUAAAGUCUAUGAUUCACUGCUCCAGCUUCCAGGGAUUGUACAGGGCACACGAGGGCUGAUGUUGUCCUCCAUCUUGCUGAGCUUUAUUUCCAUCUUGGUGGAGGUGGUGGGAAUGAGGUGCACCACCUGCAUGGGAGAACAACCUGAGCAGAAGGACAAAGUGGCGCUCGCUGGAGGGGUUAUCUUCAUAAUCGCUGGUCUGCUUGCUCUGGUGGGAACAUCUUGGUACGGCCACAGAAUAGCGCAGGACUUCUACAACCCAUUCACUCCCACUAAUUCAAGGUAUGAAUUUGGAAGUGCCCUGUAUGUUGGAUGGGGAGCUGCAUGUCUCAUCAUUAUAGGAGGGGGCUUCCUCUGCUGCAACUGUCCCAGUAAGGGCUCAGGGAAAUCUCCACGCUACCCACCCACCCGCUCUGCCGGCCCGACAGGCAAGGACUAUGUCUAGGGAGGACAAUCCCUCCAUCCAGCCUCUGCUCGCGCAAGACUGUUGACUUCAAAGGAGCCAUAACUGGACAACAUUCAGACUCGUUGUUCUGUUUUGCAGCAUGUAUAUUUGCAGGUGUUGUAGCUGGCAUAUGUUUAUAGUUGUUGGGAAAUAACUAAAGUUCUUUGCUAGUCCAUAUGAGAGCCUGCACACGGCAAAAACAAAAAUAAUUGGCAGAUUUGGUAUAAAAGAAAUGUACUGACACAGGAAACUUCACAUUUUAUCAAUGCACAGCUAGAAAACAAUCAACAGUAAGUUAUGAAUAUUAAAUGUUAGUUGAAAUAGAAUGAUAUAAACAAUAAUUAUGACUAACUAAGAACUUAAGAAAAACAAUUGUACUUAACAAUAUUCCAAUUAAUUUGAAGUAUUUUAAACUGGGAUUAUUUUUUUGAAUUUUAAGAUUCAAAAAAUACCUUUGCCCAGCAUAGGUUCAAGACAUCUCAGGACUAUUUUAUUUUUUCACAGUCUUUGGAACAAAUACCAAUUUUAGUUUUAUUUUUGUUACUUUGCUUUGUUUGUA